UAAGCAUGACUAACACUAGUGCUGUCACUGCAUGCAAGAAACUCAAACACUAUUCACUCGCUGUACCUCGUGAAUAUAAGCAUCGUUCAUUGAAACAUCCGACACAUUGUUCUUGCUUGUAGAAAGAUCAAGAUGCCGUUCGGACCCUUCGCCUUGCAAUGGCGCGCGCCAAAUCCCAACCCACCGCCUCCCACACGAGUGCCAGAUGGCAUAAGAAGAACCUACAUCUCAACCCCGUCCGGUUCCCUCGAGCUCCUUUCAGCCCUCCCUCGAUCCCCGUCCACCAAACCACCCCUUUUCUUCGCCCAUGGCGGCUUCGGCUGCGCCGCUAUCUGGAUUUCAUAUAUGCUCUUCUUCUCAUCUCGUGGAUAUCCUUGCUAUGCUGUGAGCUAUCGUGGACAUGGCGGCAGCUGGUAUCCUGGCUUCUGGAAGAUGUAUUUCACAAGUCGAGGUUGCAUUGCAGAAGACCUUGUAGCAGGCAUUAAGGAAGUCGAGAGACUCGAGGGUGAGCGGAGAAAAGUUGCAGAGAAGAUUAGUGUCGUGUUGAUCGCACAUUCGGCGGGUGGAGCGCUGAGCCAGUGGGUGCUAAGCAGAGGGUUGUUGAGGGUCCAGGGCUUCUGUAUGUUUGCUGCGGUACCAGGAUUCGGAUCGUGGACAUGCUAUAAAUUCUGGGCUCUUUCUGCGCCGCUGAACUUCCUCUACCGUUUCAUGCACCCAAGAUACAUUUUAGCGACAACCAAGCAGGUUCAUGACGCCUUCUUCUCACCCUCAACACCGACUUCUGUCGUCAAAGAUCUGGAACGCCUUCUCAGCCCCUACGAAUCCAUGGGCUGGCCGAUGCAAGCACUCUUUCCUUUCGUGACUGGACCAGACGUACUCAAGUCUAUUACCGGAUGGAAGUUGGAACAUUCGACUAACGAAGAUGGAAGCGAAACUACUGUUAUGCCACGAUUUUUGGUUCUAGCGGCAGAGUUAGACGUCCUCUGCACACCAUCAGUAUUACUUGAUGCAGCGAAACGUUACCGUGCUGCGUUGUGCGAUUGCGUCAGAUCUGGAAAAUUGGAUGGUAUCAGCAAGUAUGAUGUGCGUGUCAUGGAAAACGGUGAUGGAGAAUGGGGCGGUGUUGUAUUCAAAGUUGUGAAAGGAGUAGCGCAUCAUUUGCAGAAUCAUAUUGAGUGGGAAAGAGGUGCGGAAGAGGUUUGGACAUGGAUUGAGAGCUUGUGAAUCUUCAGUUUUCUUUUCCGAAUGCAUGCGGAUCGCAUACUGCUCAGAAUGCUGUCGAAUUCACUCUCUCUUCAAACAGACUGCAAACGAGGUUUCCAGUGCGCUAUUGCCGAUGCCACCACGCCAGUGUCAGAAUGGUUAACAAUGUAUCGACUUUUGGUUCUCUUGAGCAG